GAGAGAGAGAGGCGGGCACAGUAACAGAGCAGUAACACCAGGACUGUUUUCACGUACAGAUUACAGAUUAAAAGCGAGGAAACGCAGGAUAGGUGCUGCCCCAGCCUCUCCUGAAGAAGACAAUCCGAAAAAGACGGAUUCAGAGAGACGUACGUACAGCAAGACCGAGAGGAAGACAAGCAGAGGAGAGGAGGCUCUGAAAUACAGUGGAGGUGAAUUGAAUCCAAACUGAGGAAUUAUUACAACAUUCUUUUGUUUUCUCUUGCCGUCUCUGUCUUUUUAAGGAAGGAGAGCCAUUCAUUGAAACAGACAUUGAUCUUUUUUUUUUCUUUUUUUGACAGGGAGAGUCACGUUAAUGUUUGACCUCAACAUCUGCCUGGAAGAUAAAAGACUGGGUAGUUUUUCUUCUUUGUGAAACCUUUUGACCGACAAGUUUGAGAGUCAAGCCUGGGAGCCAAAAGGGGAAUUUUUUUUUUCACUCUGAACUUGCACAACCUUUCAUUUUCUGUUUUGCCUUUGCGUUAUAUCACUUUUCCUGGUAACAUUUUUGUGUGUCAUAAAAGGAAGAGAAAGAGGUUACUGACUUGAGUUUCGUCUGUCAGGAGCCUGAAUAGCAUUUGCAUUCCAGUUUGGCUUUCACAAGGGUACAAAUCCUCCCUUGUGUGUGACAGAGUGUGUGUUCGAGUAGCCAAGUGUCCCCCUGUGAUACAUUAACGUGUAUCAGGGGACAAUUACCGACCCUGUUUGUCUCUUCUGGGAAAAAUGGGAUCAGAAAAGGACUCAGAGUCGCCUCACUCCUCAGUGAGUGGCGUCCCCAACCCUAAGUGCCGUGCGGCGGGCAAACGCCACGGCCGCAUCUCCUUUCACAGCCUCUUCCACAGCAAACGGAGCUCCAGAGGCAGCAGGGGCCCCAAAGGAGCGGCGGCCACCCCUUUAUCCCACCUUCAACACACACAACAACAGCUUCUCCCCUCUGCCUUGAGCACAGCGCCCGCUCAGGCCUCUGCUGUGCCCACCACGACCACCACAACCACAGCUGCCACAUCCCCCCAAGACGAUGCCACCGAUACCCCAUCAAAGCCACUGUCCUCCAGCCAGCCGUCCCUGGGUGGAGCCCCUUCCUCCGGUGAGGCCGACUUCCUGGAGUGCCCCCUGUGCCUGGUGCGCCAGCCCGCCGACCAGCUCCCCGAGCUGCUGGGGUGCAGCCACCGUUCUUGCCUCUGCUGCCUGCGCCAGUACCUCCGUAUCGAAAUCACAGAGAGCCGAGUCCAGCUCAGCUGCCCGGAGUGUGCCGAGCGACUGUCCCCGCGGCAGGUGGCGGACAUCUUGGAUGACGCUGUGCUGCUGGACAAGUAUGAGGAGUUCCUGUUGCGGAGGUGUCUCGCCUCUGAUCCAGACUGCCGAUGGUGCCCGGCGCCAGACUGCGGGUUUGCCGUCAUCGCCUCCGGCUGUGCCAGCUGCCCCAGGCUGGUGUGUCGCAGAGAGGGCUGCGGAGCCGAGUUCUGCUACCACUGCAAGCAGGCCUGGCACCCCAACCAGACCUGCGACUCGGCCCGCCAGCAGAGAGCGCAAUCCCUUCACACCCAUAGUAACCACUCACCCAGCUACACACAGGAGCAGGGACCUGCUGAUGACAUCAAGCCCUGCCCCCGCUGUGGUGCCUACAUCAUCAAGAUGAACGAUGGGAGCUGCAAUCACAUGACCUGCGCCGUCUGUGGCUGCGAGUUCUGCUGGCUCUGCAUGAAGGAGAUCUCUGACCUGCACUACCUCAGUCCAUCUGGCUGUACCUUCUGGGGGAAGAAGCCGUGGAGCAGGAAGAAGAAGAUUUUGUGGCAGCUGGGCACUCUGAUCGGAGCUCCGGUCGGCAUCACCCUCAUCGCAGGCAUCGCUGUCCCCGCCAUGGUCAUCGGCAUCCCCGUUUACGUCGGCCGCAAGAUCCACGCCCACUACGAGCUGAAGAAGACGUCUCGGCACAGGAGGAACCUGGCCAUCACGGGGGGCGUGGCCCUUUCCAUCAUCACGGCCCCUGUCAUCGCAGCUGUCAGCGUCGGCAUUGGCGUUCCCAUCAUGUUGGCUUACGUGUACGGUGUGGUGCCCAUCUCUCUGUGCCGAGGAGGAGGUUGUGGUGUGAGCAGAGGGAAGGGCCGAGGCGUUCGGAUUGACUUCGAUGAGGACGAUGGACCGAUCACAGUGGCGGAUGCUUGGCGAGCCCUCAAGUCCCCGAGCCUCGGCGAGAGCAGUCUGGACGGGGCUGUGAGCGGUCUGAGCACCACCUCCCCCAGCGAGGGGCUCUCUGUGGCCCCCGGGGCUCUGGGUGACACACCUCACUUUAAUACUCUGGCAGGUGGCGCUUUGGGGACCCGAACCAGCAAGUACAGCAGGCUGGAGGUGCAGGCAGGGGAGCUGGCUAAAGAAUCAGCCCAGAGGGAGACAGGCAGCCUGGGUGCAGGGAGCGACUGUGCCAGCACCCGAGGAAUGGCUGGAUCCAUCAUCUCCUCCUACACACUACCUGACAGGGAGUGCACCAACCUGGAGAUCCAGGUGGACAUCGAGACCAAACCCAGCCAUCUCUGCCUGACCAGUGAAGAGGACCUAACCCCGCCCCCGGGCUCUGCUGCUAUGGCGACCGCCUCCGGAGGAGACGAGCCUCAGGACUGCAGCUCCAGAAGAGGCGGAGCGUUGUCUGGCUCGAUGCUGGGUCUGUCACCGGGCGCGUCGCUCAGAGAGGGGCUGAGAGACGUCACCCUGGCCCAGCCGGAAAGCAUCCGUAGUGACCUGGAGAUGUCGGACACACAGUCAGACGACAUUGCGGAGCUGACGUCAGACGACUGUGACUCUCCUCACCCGAAAAGCUGUCACCCAGCGGCCGGCCAGCAGCUCCCCUCCUGCCGAGCCCUGAACCCCUCCACCGAAGGCCUUCACUGUCCCGCAGACAGCAACGUCAUCCUCUACGUCUGAGAGAACAGCAGCUCUCAGGAUUGCACAAAACAACGAACCAAUCCCCCCAACAUUUUCAUUUGACAUCUCUCUUACUUCAUAGCUUUUUUCUUUCUUUUUUUUAAAUUCUGUUGUCAUUUCUCGUUUGCUGCUUUCGCGACUCACAGACACCGUCUUAAACACAGACAGCGUUUGUUUACUUUUUGUCUGUCUGUCUUAUCAAUCUACCUGUCAAUCUCCUCACCGAGCAAAUUGUCAGGGUUCUACCUCUGAGAUUUAUAAGAUGAUGAUUUAUUGUUUACUCCUUGGUGCAAAAUGCCUUGGCUACUUAAGCAAAAAAAAAAAGAAAAAAAAGAAGAAAAAAAACAAGAGGUACAAAUUUGCCACAAGAAUUAUUGCAAAAACGGAAAUGAUGGAAUAAGGUGAAAUGUCACCAAGCACAGCGAGGGGAGGAGGAUUGUUGGGGAACACAGGUUCGUGUGUGCUGAUAGGGAACGUUUAUAACAUAUGUGUGAAUGAAUGUGGACUUUGUACUCGACUAUUGUGGCUUUAUUUUUCCUCUUUCCCCCUCUAUUUAUAGUCAAGACAACAUUGAAAUUGUAUUAUUUGCUGUGUGCAUGUGUCUGCAUGAGCCAUGACUUGUGCGGAAGGUUUUUUUUGUUUGUUUUUAAAGGCAGCGAUAUUUUUCUGUUACACUGGUGAAAGUUAAAAGUUUACUUAAAGAGGACGAAGCUGCACUUGAAUCUUACUUUCACUGCACAGAAGAGGAGGAAGAGGAGGAAGAGGAGGAGGCUGGAAAUAGGGGCAACGGAAUAAGAGUCCCUGUUUGUCGAAUUACGUAAAAUAACUGAAUGAGUUCUGACAAUGACGUGGCGAGGCCAAAGAGCUCUGCGGUUAAAUGCACUGAGGCACUGAGAGAAGCCAUUUCUUUCUAUUCUAGUCUAGUCUAGUCUAGUGUAAGAGCACGACAUUUUUCAUGCUCUGUCCAUUUUGAAUAGUUGAGUACAACACAGUACAAAGAAUAUACUGAGAUUCACAUCAAAUAAAAUCUUGUCACAGAUAAUCCAAUGAUAAAGUUAUAUAAAGUAUGUUAAUCUCAACAAUCCAGUUUUUCUACUAUUUUAUAGCUUAAUACCUGUUAAUAACUGUUUUUGGACUAUAUUGUAAAGUGACACAUUUCAAACACAUACUUGAAUACAAUGAAUGUAGAAAGCGAUGCAGUUACCUUCUGGUGGCUUUAACUGUUCAUAACAAACUGUAGAAGAAGUUACACUCAAUGCAACACAUUAAAAAAAAACGUUCAGAUACAUGAACUCAAAACUAUGUUAACAUGAUAUUCAGUACAAACUAUACAGUAUUACAGUGAUGUAAAUAAAGUACUACAUCGUUCUUCUAGAAGAAAAAAGCACCUGAUUUAUAUAUAAUGUUUGUUUCAUGCAAAUAUUGUAAGAAAAGUAAUUUAAAUAUAGAUUAACAGGUUUGGCGAGUAGUUUCUUUCCACUUUCUGACUGGUUAUUUAUUUCUAUUUCAACUCAAUUUUAAAUUGGUUGAUUGAUUAUUUCUUUGCAAUUAAUGACAGAAACAUACAGUGUUUACAAUGUUCAGCAUAACAAUUAAAUGCUGAUUUUUUUGCUGGAGAUUUUACCUGCAUUUUGCUGAAGGAAGCUCUGAAAAAAAAAAAGAUGAUAGGAAGUUUUUUGUGAAAUGUUUUUAAUACUUUUUGCAACAGAAGUGAUUAAAGGUUAUAGUUCUUUGCUGUUGAUCAUAUAUAAGAAACUUUGUGCUGUAAUUGCAGCUACAACUUUUGUUUGGGGAUCUGUGCAAAGGGCUGAAAUUAACAAUUAUUCUCAUUAUUGAUUAAUCUACCAAUUAUUUUCUCUAUUAAACAAUAAUGUUUUUAUAUAUAAUGCCAGAAAAUAGUGUAAAAACCUGAUUUUAAUUGUCCAGAGCCUGACACAAAAGUAAUUCAAAAAGGCUUAAUUUCUUUUUCAAAAAAAAAAGGAAAAUGAAUAAGUUUACUAUCGUCAUCGUUGUCAUUGUCAGAACUCUCUCGCUGUGUGGUUCAGGUGUGUGUCACGUGACUUGGACUGUGGUUCAACAGUUGGCUGCCUGCCUGCCUUAUAGACGCUCACUGACCAACACAACACACCCAACUGGUUUUUUAGUUUCUGACGCUGAUUAACCCGACCGUCUGACCCACUUGAACAUUGUGUGUGUGUGUGUGUGUGUGUGUGUGUGUGUGUGUGUGUGUGUGUGUGUGUGUGUGUGUGUGUGUGUGUGUGUGUGUGUGUGUGU